GAGAAGGGGCGGCCGGAUGGCGAAGCGGCGCGCGCGGGACGGCUGCGGCCGGAGCCCUCCGUCCAGGGUCUUCAUUAUGGAUGAGACAGUCACUGAAUAUAUUAGGAGAACUGUGCUGCGAAUCCCACGUUCUGAAACAGGAAAAAUGCUGACUGCAUGGGGGUUUUUGUCUGAGGCCCAGCUUCAGUCUUUAAACAUUCAUCAGUUAAAAGAAAACUUGUCUCAAGACGUAGUUCAGCUUUGUGAGGAAAAUUGCGCAACCAUCAAGCAUGCAGCCAAUCUAGACAUAAUUUAUAACUACACAUAUAGGGACAAAAAGCUUUGGACUGCUUACCAGAUGACUAGAGAAGAAGGUGAUGAGAAUUACAUUUUUGACUUGGUGGAUUUCAAAAAGAAAGUUAAAAUGAGUCUUCAGUCAACUCUGAAAAAUGUAACGGUCAGCUUUAAAGAAUAUGAAGACAAUGCAGUAUGGAUUCGAAUUGCCUGGGGAACCCAGUACACAAAACCAAACCAAUACAAGCCCACCUAUGUUGUCUACCACUCACAGACGCCUUAUGUUUUUAUAUCCAAAUCUAAGAACAGGAGCUGCUUACCACUGCUUUUUCAGGCCCUGUUGAUUGCAGCCAGUUACAAUGACAUCCAUGAGACAGACCUCCGAAGCCAUCACUUAGAUUCCCUCAAAGAUAUUUUACUUAAGCGCCGCAGCCAGAACUUUCAAACUCGUGACCCACAACCUCUAAAAGAAAAGAACAGCGCUCUGGAAAAUGUAGAUCCAAGGAUAAUUCAGGAAGAUAAACAUAAAAAGGAAAGAAUUCAGCAAAUUAAUUCAGAAGCCUUUGGUGAUGGUUCUCAACCAAAAUUGGAGUUUGCACAGUACAAGCUUGAAACAACGUUGAAAAGUGAACAAGAAAAAGUACUCUUGAAUACAGAGCCAUUUAGAUGUAUGAUCAAGUUUUCUAGUCCUCAUCUUUUGGAAGCGCUGAAGUCCCUAGCGCCUGCUGGGAUGGCAGAUGCUCCCCUUUCACCAUUACUUACCUGUAUCACUCAAAAAGCUAGGAACUAUUUCAAAAUCAAAGAAAGAAAAGGUGUACUUUCACAGAACCUUGCAGGCCAAUGACUUUUUCUUAAUAGACUGAAGAACAAAUAGCUAUAUAUAUCUCCCAAUAGCUUAACUGUUUUAUUCUGCUAAAGAAAAACUACAUGGAAUCUACUCUUCUAAGCUUCCCACAGUUGUCAAAUUAGCAUCCCGGCAUGUGUGACACAUUGACAAGACUACGGCUCUGCUUCCUAUACAGUGACUAGCUAUCUCGUCCUUGUUGCUCAUCCAUAACAGCAGCACUUCUCUGUGCCAAGCCAUAUGAUGAAGCUUUCCAAAACUAAGUGUACAAUACCUUGGCCUCCUUCGGAGUUGGCGGCCAGACCGCAACAUCUGAGCCCUUGCUGCACGCCCCUUGCAGGAAGAAUCCCUCUGGCUGCCUUUGCAUCAGGCCGCAGUGUACAUUGCGAAGGGAGAAAAGGAUGGGCCUGGACAUGUAGAAGAGGCUGGGCCUACCUACGUAUGAGGUUCCCCAGCCGCCUUUCCUUACCCUCCCUGGUAUUUCAUCUAAAAACUGGGAAUGGCCAUCCAGAUAAAGCGUGCAGGCGCAUGGGGGCAGCAGAGCUUGCUGCUGCCAGGCCGCUCUCAGCUCACUGAAUGCCUCCAUGACUCGGGAGGCUUAUGUGUAUCUAGGCUGCAAGAGAGAGGCAGAGGCAGCAGGACUAAGCCUGAAGUCACCAAGAUCGUCUUCAGGGUGUUUGACAGAUGGUUUCACUAGAAUCCUCAGAAUCUUAAAAUGGUAUUAAAUAAACUUGACGGCCACAAUGUUCAAUUGAUUUUAAACGUUUUAGCUAAUUGCUAUUAACUUACAUUGCUAACCAAUGUAAGUUAAAGCUGAGGCUCGCUGACAAAAUAAAGCUGAUAAUUGUCUAUUUUUUCACAUGCGUAAAUAACAAAGAAAUUACAAUUUAAUACCCAUUUCCCUGAUUGAGCACACUGCAAAAGUAUGAACAUGUACUUGGCACCACUACCGUGACUCUGUAUGUUUUAAAGCAGAAGUGUGUGUGUAUCUUUGGUAAAACAGAAUCUGUUUUCCAAAGAAGGCUGGAAGAAAACAUACUUUGGAGAAUGAAAAAUUUACUUGUAUUUAACAGCAUGCCUAGUAACUAUAGGCAACGAGGAAUUUCAUUCAGAUAAAUAAGCAUACUGGUGGAAGAUGGAUAGCCCUCUUCCCCCAGGUUUCUGUGCAGGCUACAGAGAAAUAUCCCUCCUCUGCCACCCAACCUCAUAAAGUUUUGCUGUUUUUACUUAGUCUCCUUGGAGGAUGAUAGCAUACAUUUUCAUGCUGCCCCUAGAGGAGGCUUUACCUCCAUCACAGGCAGCAUUGAAAUUCAGUUUGUAAAAAAGUGUAAGGUAAAUAAAUUUACAGAAUUAUUUAUCUUAAAUGCAGGGAAACUGGCACUUUACAUUUAAAAGGAAAAUGCUGACACCAACUAUUCCAUAAUUGAAUAAUCUGUUAAUGUAAUCUUAUUUUAGAUUUGUUCUUUUUGUUCUUGUACACAUUCCUCAGAUGAAUUAUAUGUAAGUUAACAUGAAAUGAAUCAAAUACAUUUUCUUUCCAGUUGUAGUCCCAUUUGAUCAGUGUAUCAAAUGACACUGACCAAGCAGGCUGCAGAAAGUUGGAGCAGGCAGUUAAGCUUAGAUGUUUUACCUGCAUUGAUGUUUUUAACUAGUUUUUUAAUGUAAAAAUGUGUAUUUAAAAUUUUAUUGAAUUAUUAUUUUAAGUCCAUGACAUAAAAUCAAAUGGGUAGUUAUCCUUUGCAGUGGGGAUUUUUCAUGGAUGACUUUGGCACUAUAUUGCUGGAAAGAAAGCAAGCUUCAAAUAGUUUGCUUGACUUGUGUAGCUUACAUCUGUAAAUACAAAUAAAUAUUUGAUAACUAAUUAUUGUGAUUCAUUUCAUUUUUAUCCUGCCCUUCCAAGAAACUCAGGACAGCAUACAGGAUUCUCCCUACUUCCCCCCUUCAGCCGAAUCUAU